UUUGUUGAAGUUGUGAUAUAAUUACAUUUCACAAAUAAAGGACGUAAUUCUUUUUUCCAUGAAAUUAAGAUUACUACUAAUUCAAGAACACAAGAUAAAAUAUUAUUUGAACUUUAUACGAACCUAAUAAAUGUUCACAAAUACGUUUCAAAAUCAUAUUCUAAAUUUCUAAUAGUAGCAUUGUAUGUUUUUGAAGAUGUCGAGAAUUGAAAAAUCUGGAACCAUUAAGGAUCGAAUGAAAAACCGAACUUGUAGACCUACGGCAACUGGGCGAAAAGAAAAUGAAGACAAAAAUCCUCGUAAGAAUCGAGCGAGGCAGAAGAAGCUACAAGUAGAGCGUCCUGACGGUCAUCCUACUCAAGGGCAGUUGUCUCUUAGUCGGAAAAGUCCCACACCUACAUCUGAUCGUGUCGAUACUUGGGAGCCGAGUUGGGAGGACUCUAUUUCGGAUGAUGGUAUACCGAUUGAUGAUGAUGAUUACGAUGAUGAUGAUGAUGAUGAGGCAGAGAAGGUCGCUCAGACUCAGGUUCAGAGGUACUUAGGAGCUCCGAUGACUUCUACUUCCUCGACGACAUGUCGGGGUCCUGAUGGACGCUUUCGGGCAGCAUCUAGUUCUCAGCAGUGUGGUAACUCUAAGAAGAGGAAGAAGAGAGCCAACAAAGACAAGUCUUGGCUUCUUACGAGAGAAUCAGUAGUGAUGUGUACGGGCGGACCGAUGAUUCCCGACGUGAUCCCUAGUUUUGCUGGUCACGUGGCCCAUGUGUUGUGGACUUCACCUGAGCAGGAUCGUGGGGUGCUUGAGUGCUACAAUCGGAGUGCAACAUUGGACAUGUUGAAGAAAUACAAGUGGAGUGUAAAAGAUUCUCAGGCGAUGGUUCAUAACAUAAAUACCUCAUCCGAGUCGCUAUCACUAUUCAUGGCAAGUAUAGGACGGCAGAGCGGAACUGGAUCAACGAAUAUCCUGAAAUUAAAUUAAUAAUAAAUAAUCAAUUUAAAU